AUGCUGUCAGCACCAGGGGGACCUGCCUCAGCUUCUGCCCCUUUGGGGUCCACUGGAGGCCCCCUUGGCCGGCUUUACGGACCCCGGAAUGUUCUGUAUGUGCGCAAUCUGUCUCCUUUAGUCACAGAAGAGCAUUUGAAGGCGAUUUUUUCGCAUUGCGCCGAGGUUCUCCGGGUGGAGUUCAAGCCUCUGCCAGGGGGGCCCUCUGGGGCGCCUGGCGGAGGCCGCUAUUGCGAAUUAGAGUUCGUAGACAGCGCAGGCAUAACUGCGGCGUCUCAGUUGAACGGAACCGAGCUGCUCGGCUUAGCUAUGCAAGUGUCUGUGCUAAAUCCUGGGGCGCCAGGACCCUCUUCAGCAAACCUGAUGAAGUCGGUUACACCCCUCCCAACGCCUCUUCCCCCCGCCGCCCCCGCGCCUCCCGUCGUCAUCCCUCCCCCAGUACAGCCCAUUGGAGGCAUGGCGGCUGCAGCGGCAGCAGCAGCAGCAGCAGCCGCUGGAGUAGUAGGGGGUUCCUCUCUAGCGGGGACGCCUGGAGCCAUUGGCAUAGCCGCAGCGAACUCAGCAGCAGCGGCGGCUACUCCCGCUGCAGUCUCUGGUGGCGCUGCUGCCUUUUUGCCUGCCGUCACCCCAGCAGCGACCCCCGUCACUGCGGUGGAGAUUGCCAUGCAGAAUCAUCUGGCGAACCUUCAGGCAGUGCAAGCCGCUGCUGCACAGGCUAAGCAGCUGGCAGCUCGUAAGAAAAGCGAGUUGGGCUUGGGAGUCGCGGUUACAGCAGUAGACGGCCGGUUGCCUCCUGCUCAGUCGCUUGUCUCUGGAGUUCUCGUGGCGGAGCCUGAGGCUGACCAGUUGGAGAGGACAUGUUUCGUUCAGGGAUUUCCUGAGGAGGUAAGGAAGGCAGACAUGGAAGGAGCUGCGCAGAGAUUCUCCCGCGUUAUGUGUGCAUUGCAAGCUCGAAGCUUCGGUGGCUCUAUCUGUGUGCCGCAGUAUGAUGAGAAGGAGGUCAGCCUCCUCCUCAACGACCUCGCCAAAGUCGUUGCCAUUAGACUCUCCACGAACACUAGCAAGCCAAAAUAUGCCAUCGUGGAAUUCGAGAACGCCCAAGAAGCCGCUGGUGUGCUAGCCUUGGAUGGCAAGAACAUUGGUUCCUCAGUCCUCACCGUGAAAAAAUCCGGCUCCUUGGUAGAGUUCAGGGACCCAGAUGGUGUUUUGUUCGAGGUUCCCGCUCCCCCCAUUCUCUCGCAGAUCAAGCAGCAGCAGCAGCUCCUUCAGUCUCCUGAGCAACAGAAGGAACAAGUGGAGCUCAGAGACAAGAGAAUUGCCGCAGCAAAGGAUGCCAUCGAGCGGCGACUGCGGCAUGCGCAAGACGAAAGGGAAGUAGGGAAGGUCUCCGCUCGAGCGGUUGCUCAGCAGCCGAGUGACAAGAGGAGGCAAUCUCCUCCAGUGCCGGUGAUAGGGCCGCUUGGCACGGAUAGCGACAGUCAGAGAAAAGCCUUGGCAGCAGCAGAAAGAAUGCCUGUCUGUGCCACGAAGAGACUCGGUGGGGAGUCAGGAGAAGGCAGAGCGUCGGCCGUUGCUACGGCCUUUAGGCUCACAGGGUGCAGCAGCAGUUCUGAAGGAGAAGCUGAAGCACGCGGCGCGUCGGUCUCCCUCCCCAUCAAGGCGUUCUCCCGGAUCGUCCCCUCCACGGCUGCUGAGGAAGAGACGUUCACCCUCUCCAAGGAGACGCUCAAUCUCCCCAAAGAGACGCUCAAUCUCCCCAAAGAGACGCUCAGUCUCUCCAAAGAGACGACGCUCUAUCACACCAAGGAGAGGUUCUUUGUCCCCCAAAAGGCAUUCGCUCUCGCCAAGAGGAAACUCGCCUUUAUCAAGGAGACGCUCUCCCACUCCAAGAGGUCGCCAUUCCCCCUCUCCAAGGAGGCGCUCUCCGACUCCAAAGCAACGGCCUCCAAUGCAGCACAGACCCUCUGUUUCUCCGGGUCGAAGACGGUCGCCGCAGUUCCCAAGGAACAAACGGGUACGCUCGAGCUUAUCAUCGGCACGGGAGGGUCGCACUACCAGGGGAUAGCAGGAGAGGACUUAGCCCCUCGUCUGCUCAGAGGCAGACAAAUGCUGGACGCUCUCCCCACGCUCAUCGGAGGGGACAGCUCAGCUCUCCCCGGAGGCAAGGCAAAAGGUCGCCCUCGCCCAAGAGACGCUCUCUUCCUCCGCGGAGAGGCUCGCGAUCUCCUGGCCCCCCCGGAAGAUCCCACAUCGCUGCAGAGGAGGCCCCUCCACCCAAAGACAGUACCAGCCGAUCCCCCUCCCCUACCUUCAGGCGCAGCAACUACUCACCCUCGCACUCACCGCGCAGGAGGCGAUCCAGAUCGUCUUGUGGAGGCCGUGCACUCCCGCGCAAGUCUCCCGAGUGGGGAGUCUCUGAGGCUUCACCUUCGAGUCGGGGGCCCAGAGGGGCCCCUUCUCACCGCCGGGGCCCUUCGCCUCGCAGGGGCCCCCUGCAGCAGCGCCAGUAUUCAGUCGAUGUUGGCGCAGGCAGUCGCUGUAACCCUCGCCUGGACUGUAGCCCAUUUGAAGGUUAAGGAUUGCUGGCGGCAUCAGAGAGAUAGCCUCAGGUUUCUCCUGGCCCAAUGGGGGCCUACUACGACCCCCGAGGGCCCCCAGUGCCAAGUCUGGCAUACAGAGAGAGGGACGCAGACUGGGGAGGAAGGGGGUAUAUCCCCAUGGGGGGCCCCCGCCCCUAUGGAAGAGACGCGAGACACAUCCGGAGGGGCCCUCCCAUAA